GGCUAUCAAAACGCAGUCUAUAUGACUUCGUACCUUCUACGGGUGAGCCAUAUCACAAAGUUCUAGAACUAUAUUACUUGCACGUCUUGCCUCGUUUGGGCGAGUGGGAAUACAUCAAGAGAUUUUUGUCUUACGAGAAUGACCUCUCGUCUGACAAAAAAUGCCCCUUGAGGCUCAACAUGCUCACGCGCUAGAGAGUACGUGGCGGGAGACGCCAAGAUUCGAGACUCCUCCCUCUCCGACACCAAUACCUCCACUCCGCUAUCUAUCCCCAGCCUCCUCCUCCUCCUCCUCCUCUCUAUCUAUCACAUCCACCCGGACCGUCCCAGCAUCUCCUCGUCCAAAACUUACCCGCCAACAAUUCGCGUCCUCCACAUCAGCAGUUUUAGACUCCACCGUAUCCAGAUCUCCUUGCCACCGCUACAACCAAAGCAUGCCCCGAGGAAGUUCCAGUAGCGUUCGCAUCUCCCGCGUUCCGCCGGUCGACGAUAGUCUCGCGACUGCACAACCCCCAACCUCCCUAGCACUCAUCCGAUCUUAUUCCAACCACUAUUUCACCGCAAACAGAAUAGCCACACUAUCAGUCUUGUUCUUCCUAAUUCCCAUUAUGUCUUUGAUCCUCCGGAGGUGGCAACGCUUGGAGACACCUUUGGACUUGGUACAGAGGAGGUUAUCGGAAGCCCGUGGCGAUUCAAUUGCGAGACGGUUAUGGAAUGAAUUGGUGAGGGCGAUUUUUAAUACUGUUAGGAUGGGUGGUGGGGGACUUGCAAUGUGUAACUUACGGUGCACCUGUUUGGUAUCAGUCUUCUUAACCAGACCACGUAGAAGGGUACGAGUCGGUGUUAGGUUGUAGGCCGUGUAAUUAUACAUAGUGAUAUUUCGAGUGGUUCGAACUUCAUAUUAA